AUGGGAUUCAACCCCACCACCACAAUUUUGCUUAUCGCCGUCUUGCUCGUCGUCUUGCCAGCGAGAGUAGAGGCCUUUGGAGCUGGAAAUAUUGCAUCUGUCUCAGCCAUCGAGGGCAAGAAUUGGCGUCAUGGAGAUAUCGAAGAUGUUAUCAAGACCCUUGCAUUCAUCAAAGGUCACAAAUGGACCACGAACAUGGUGAAGAGGGUGUACUUUGGAAACUGGCUACGAGAUUACUCGCAAGCUGUUGAUGUCGGGACGCUGAAAAGUGUGCAAUCAGACACUGUGCGUAUUCUUGUAUGGGUCUUGUCCUUCAUGACAUUCGGAUAUGCCACCGCCGAAUUUGAAGUCACUUCUGAACGACUUGGCGUGUAUCGACCGGAAGAGCACAUCGAUAAUCCAAAAGGCUAUGCCGAUGAUGCAGAUGCAAGACAGUACGAUCCUCGCUUACGCGGUCCUGUCCAGCAAGUCGAACUAGAUAUUGACCGUGAGACUGGUAUGAAGAAUUACAUUGCCAACGAACGAGGAAACUGGGCUACGAGUGCCGGGUACGUGAAAUACAGUUUCGCACGCAGCAUCCAUUUUGCUAGACAGUACAUCAACGGAGGCCAUUUGCGUAAGGGUAAAGAUGAGGAUUUGUACGAAGCUCUGCGCUGUCUUGGUCAAGGGUUGCAUACGCUGGAGGACUUUGGCGCCCAUACAAAUUACUGUGAGCUUGUACUGCGGGAGAUGGGCAUGCUCAAUGUCUUCCCGCACACGGGAACCAACACAAUGAUGAACAUUCGUGGUAAACAUAUCUUCCCACUUGUAACUGGCACCUUUGGCAUGGUUGAUUUCCUUCACUCAGUGCUGGGUGAGGCUUCCGACCAUGUUACGCAGUCUGAGAUCAACGAGCUGGACAACACGCUCGAGAAUGCAGAGGUGGGAAGCGCCACUACUGGCUCAGUAAACACUCUGACGAGCCUACUGUCCAAGGUCCCCGGAAUGGGUGAUCUUAUUGCUGAAGCUGAGAAGUUGAAGGCUCAGUCUCAGGCACAGGCACAGGCUAACAACAGCGCCGGGUACGGAUACGGAGGAGCCUCUAGAGGUGUAAAUGACGGACAAACGUACGGUGCGACCGGUGGAUUUGAUCAAACCUCUCGGGCUGCUGGACCGGGUGGCUUGCCCAGUAUUGACCCUCAAAAGACGGUUUCUCAGAUCUACCCGAUCCUCGUCUUCAGAGACAACGUUGUGAGGAGAAUCUCUGCCGUCGUGUCGAAGAUUCCUGGUCUAGAGUCUCUUGUGGACAAGAUUACAGAUACACUGAGCGUCUUCGUUUUCUCCCUCCUGUCUCCCUUCAUCCGGCCGCUUAUAAAAGUGGCAACUUCCCAGCUACAGACCGGAUCGUCUGGGGUCAUCAGCACAUCUGAACAACAUCAGUAUGAGCCAUGGACAGAUCCCAUGUGCACCGACCCGACCCAUUCUCUUCUUUCAAAGGACCACUUCUCCAAUAUUCUCAACGAGCCGGCCGGACACGUCGCGGCUGCGAUCCUGAAGUAUGUAGUGCCCCGAGUGAUGUAUGCGUGGCAGCACGUCGAUAUCCCGGUUGACGAUGUGCUCGCCGACUGCAUGAGAGUAUUCCACCACCCAGCGCUACGAGACAUGAACAACGAAGCGCAUCGGACGAUGUUCGAGGCGGUGCAGAACUGGGCACGUUCUCGACCUGACGGUGGCGCAAGCCUGGAUACAAUCCUCAACGCACAGAGCGUGAGAGAAGGGAAGAACCACAAAGGAGGAAACCCUCAUUUGCAUGGAAACAGUCACAGUCAUGGGUCUGGACAUGGAUACGGCAACACAGUCGGUGCUCAGCAACCAAUGUAUCACCACCAAGCUCAUCAACCGCCUCAACAGAGCUACAACUCGCAACCAUACGGACAGUCGUAUCCUCACCAGGGUGGUGGUGGUGGUAGCUCUCAUAGUAGUAAUAACCCACUAUCGAACAUACCGGGUCUCUCUGCUCUCGCAGGCUUCGCAGGAUCAGGCGGCUCCCACCCACAGCAAUCAGGAGGCCACAGCCACUCAACGGCAGCGUCAUCUAUCCCAUGGGAUAAGUUGUCUCAUCUUCCCAUCCCAGGUGCGUCAAAUAUAGGCAAAAUAGGGGGAUUCCUGUCAGGAUCAGGGGGCCGGAAAAGGGACCUAGGCGACGAAAACAGCAGGGGUAUCGCACCAGAAGUGCACCCGGCAUCAAGAAGCACAACGCCCCAGCCCGAAAUGGCCCCUCCUGCGGGAUAUGAGCACUAUCACCAGCAGGGAGAGGGUGCCGUCUACCAACCACCUAGCGAGGGAGCACAUACUUAUGACUACUACUAUGGCCCAGGCAGCAACAGCGGGUACAGCCACCCUCGACAGUACUAG